UGCUCUGAACCCUAAUCGUCCUCCCGCUGCAGCAGCGCAUCUCCCCGCCAUUCUCCUCAGUCGCUGGGCGCUCCGUCGCCGGUCUCUUCCGGGGUCGUCUCCGCCGCCUCUCCGACGAGCCUGCUCAAGCUGGUAUUUCUCGUGAAUUGGAGCUGUGGACUCUCGCACUUCUCUUGUAUUCGUCUCUCUCUGCCCCAAAACUGCGCUGCUGUUGACUGAGCAACCGUUUGGGUCAGUACAAGCAAGUACUGCAACCAACUCCUUUUUAUUGUACAACACUUGCCAUGCCUUCUGCCAAGGAGCUUGUUGAUGGCGUUAAAAUGAAGAAGUCAGACAAGAAACGGAAGAAGAGACCAGAUCCCAACCAAGAGGAGGCCAACACCAUAAAUGACGAAGAUAGUGGGCCGCCAUUGGAAGAACUAAAUGUAGAAGGGAACCAUGAUAUGUCCCCUGAUGGCAAGCAGGAAACACAUGGGGAUAAUAAUGGAGAUGAAGUUGCAGAAGGUGUGGAGGGGAUUCCUUCAACUAAGAAGGUUAAAAAGAGCCAUGGGAUCUUGACCACUGAGCCUUUCUCUAGGCUCCCCCUUUCUGAGCACACGAUGAAGGCUAUCCAAGAGAUGGGUUUUGAACACAUGACACAGAUUCAAUCCAGAUCUAUCCCACCUCUCUUAGCUGGAAAGGAGGUGAUGGGUGCAGCAAGAACUGGUUCAGGAAAAACUCUUGCUUUCUUGAUUCCUGCAGUUGAAAUGCUGCAUAACAUUCAUUUUAUGCCUCGGAAUGGGACCGGGGUGAUCAUUAUCUGUCCAACUAGGGAGCUUGCAAUUCAAACGCAUGCUGUUGCGAAGGAUCUUUUGCAGCACCAUUCUCAAAGCCUUGGCUUGGUUAUAGGUGGAGCUGGGAGAAGAGGAGAAGCUGAGCACCUUGCUAAGGGAGUAAAUUUGUUGGUGGCUACACCUGGAAGACUUUUGGAUCACCUUCAAAACACAAAAGGGUUUAUCUACAAAAGUUUAAUGUUUCUUAUAAUCGAUGAAGCCGACCGAAUAUUGGAGGCUAACUUUGAGGAAGACAUGAAGCAAAUAUUUAAGCGGCUGCCAAAGACAAGGCAAACUGCUCUAUUUACAGCUACCCAAACUAAGCAGGUUGAGGAUUUUGCGAACUUGUCAUUUAAGGAAAAACCUGUAUAUGUAGGUGUUGAUGAUGGAAGGUCGAAGGUGACCGUCGAAGGGUUGCAGCAGGGCUAUUGUGUCGUGCCUAGCAAUAAAAGGUUUCUGGUCUUGUAUGCUUUUCUUAAGAGGAACUUUUCGAAGAAGAUAAUGGUCUUCUUCUCCUCGUGCAAUUCGGUCAAGUACCAUUCUGAGCUUCUCAGAUACAUUCAUGUUGAUUGUCUCGAUAUCCAUGGAAAGCAGAAGCAGCAGAAACGAACUAGCACAUUCUUUGAGUUCUGCAAAGCCGAAAAGGGUAUACUGCUCUGCACUGAUGUUGCUGCUCGUGGACUUGAUAUUCCUGCUGUGGACUGGAUUGUGCAAUAUGAUCCUCCCGAUGAACCAAAGGAGUACAUUCACAGAGUCGGUCGUACAGCCCGAGGGGAAGGAAGUAAGGGAAAUGCUUUGCUUUUCCUACUGCCCGAAGAGUUGCAAUUUCUAAUCUAUCUGAAGGAAGCAAAGGUUCCUGUCAAAGAGUACGAGUUCAAUGAAAAGAAGGUGCCGAACCUGCAAUCUCAUCUGGAGAAAAUAGUUGGAGAAAACUACUUUUUGCACCAAUCAGCUAAGGAUGCAUAUAGGACAUACAUCUUGGCCUACAAUUCACAUUCUAUGAAGAAUGUUUUCAAUGUACACCAACUUAAUCUCAAGGAUGUAGCUGCUUCAUUCUGCUUUACCUCGCCUCCAAAGGUGAACCUGGAUUUGGAAAGCAGUGCUUCCAAGUUCAGGAAGAAGAUGCGCCGAACUGAUGGCAAUCGACACGGGAUCAGCUCGAGUAAUCCUUAUGGAAGGCAGUCAGGCGACGACGCUAGACAAUUCGUGCGGCACUAGAGCACCCUAUAACUCAAGUAGCCGAUAUAGGAUGAGAUUUUGAGCUUUUGCUAAUUCGAAGUUUGUAGCUUUGUAUUUAACAAAAUAUGCAUAUUUGCAAAAGAACAAUUAGAAUUUUUGUUGUGGGAAAAGUAAUUUAAUUUCUUCAUUCGGAUGUUUUUAAAGAAUGAUAUCUAGGGUUUGGACAUUGUCAAAAUAACUUGUGGGAGAGAUUAUUGGAUCUAUUAAAA